UAUGUAAAUAAACAAUUCAUGUAUCACUUAUUUUUCUCUUUUUCUCUCCUUCUCUCUUUCUUUCUUUUAUCUUUUUUUUUUAAUUGUAAAUAAAUAAUGACAGCAGAAACAGAGCAGAUAUUUUCAAAUAACUUUUGGGGUUUAAAAGAUGAAGGUUUUCAUAUAUUAACAGCCAAAAUGAAUAGUACUAAAAAGACAUAUGAUGAAAUUAAAAGCUUUUAUAAUAUAAGAGCUUCACUUCAUGAAGAGUUUGGACGCAAGUUAAUGAAACAUGCAAAAACAGGAAUGGGCCGCGAAGAAUCUGGUACGCUACGCGCUUUACUUAUCUCUGCUCAUCAAGAAAUGGAAUGGACAGCACAAGCACAUUUGAAUUUAGCACAAAAGUUAAAAACUAAAUUGGAAGUGGAUUUGGAUAAUUUCAUUCUCGAGCAGAAAGAUAAAAGAAAAUUAACUCAAGCCAAUGUAGAAAAAGCACAUAGAUAUAAGCAAUCAAGUGAAACUUAUUUGGCCAAAGCAAAAGAAAAGUAUGAAUCAGAUUGUGCAAAACUAGUUACAUUACAGUCGCAAAUUGGAAAUGUAUCUGGUCGUGAAGCUGAAAGGAUUCGACAAAGAAUUGAAAGAACUCAACAUGAAAUUAAAAUUCAAGAGCAAGAAUAUAAAAAUGCUUGUAUUAAAGUAUCAGAAGCUACUGAAUCAUGGAAUAAAGCUUGGAAAAUGGCUUGUGACACUUAUCAACUUAUGGAGAAAAAGAGAUUAGAAUUCCUUCAUCAUAGUUUUGCUAUGUAUAUCAACGUUCUUUCAUCUGCUACAAGCCAAGAUCAAGAGUCAUAUGAACGCUUUUGGAAAUCUUUGGAUCAAUAUGAUGCAGUAAAGGAUAUGCAAACAUUUAUAAAUGAAAAAGGAACAGGGUCUAAAAUUCCUGAGCCAGAAAUAUUUGUUGAUUACAUGGAUGAUCCUGCAAAGACCUUUCAACAGCAUACAAUUGCCAAUUUCCCAGUUCCAGCUGAACUUGCUACAACUCCUAUGGAAGGAGAGAAAACAAAGGAAAAAUUAAUUUCCGAUCAUGAGCAACCUUCUGUACCUAGUAAAAGUGCGUCUGUACGUCGAAAAUCUAUUCUUCGAAAUAUCGCUAAACCUUUACCUUCCAUUUCAGCUCCUUUACUUCGACAACAAAAAAAUUCACCUUUACCACCGCCACCUGCACUUGUAGUUCCUGAAAUAUCAUGUGAAUCUACUACUGAUUCCUCAGAUGAAGAAGAUAAUAGCAAAUCAACUGGAAAGAAUCAAAAUCAGGAAAAGGAUGAUAAUAUCACUAUUGAUCCUCGGGCAAAGGUUGUUUUUGCUAUUGGAAAUAAUAUGUUUGAUUUAGGUCACCUUGAUUUAGAUGACAAAAAUUUAGAUAAUGAUAAAUUGUCAGAUAAUGCAACAAAAAAUAACAGGAUGAGAAGCUCUGGGUUAUUAAGUAGAAGUACGACAACUAGGAGACGUCAACCCUCUGCUGAUUUAGAAGCAGCAUGCAACUUUUCUUAUCAAAGUCUACUAGAAGAAUUAGGCAUAUACGAUAAUAAGGAUAAAAAAAAGAAUGAUGAUACAAAAAAUAAUUCUCAACAAAAGACCAAACCCAUUACUACUACUACUGCUGCUGCUACUACUACUACCACUAAACUAUCGAAGCGCAGAAAUACCAAUAUAUAUCCAUACUCUAAUUCAACAAGUCAUCCUUUAAAUAACAAUGAUCCUUAUAUCCAUGCACGCCAUCAACAACAAUAUUAUCACCCAUAUACAAAUACCCCUCAUCACUACGUAUCAGUCAACAGAAUCAAUAAUUAUUGUCCUCCAAUAAAUAUCCCCCCUAGUAAUAAGCCAAUCCUAUUUUGGGUUUUAACAUUAAGAGAUUGGUUUAGUGGUAAGCCUGAUGAACUUCAAUUUUCAAAAGGGACAUGGUUAGCAGUAACGGAGGCAAGAGUAGAUGGAUGGUAUUUUGCUGUUAAAUUUAAUCCAAGAAUAAAUCACCUCACAAAUGAACAAGGUUAUGUCGCCCAAAACAUGGUCCAGGUUUAUAGUUAGGAAUAUACAUGUUUAUAAAUAAAAAUAUUAUUGUAGUACGAUAUGCAUUUUGCAUAGAUACAGUGUUACAUAUCUAUGCUAUUUCCAUGUCAUUAUUAUCUAACUUCAAUUGUUGCCCAUAUUAAUGCACAUAAAAGAAAAAAAAAACCCUCGUCGCAAAAAAAAAA